ACUAUCUCUAUCCAUAGUAUGGCCAAUAAGCAUACUACAUACUCAAUUUACGUCACAAAUAAUACGAUUAGUAUGCGUAUUCGAACACAGUUAAUGAGUCAGGCGUUAUUGCAUGCACUUUCGGCUAAGUAACAUGUUUGUUAACUUAAUUUGUCGAGAUCUAUAUAGAAAAUAAUGUGACUAAAAACUUGGACAACGCGCGGCUUGUUUUUUAGAUAAUAUAUCAAUUGUAUUAACUGGAUAACUAUUCAUUUUUUAUUUGUUAUACCGACUAUUUCACAUUGAACAAUGGCAAUUGCACACGUUGCAACAGAAUACGUUUUCUCCGACUUUUUAUUGAAGGAUCCAACAGAGUCGAAGUACAAAGGGGUGCGUCUGGAGCUUGCGGUAGACAAAAUAGUCACUUUCAUCGCGGUUGGUCUCCCUUUGUUACUCAUCUCCCUCGCGUUUGCCCAAGAGGUGUCAGUAGGUACCCAGAUCAGCUGUUUUGCCCCUACCAACUUCUCAUGGCGACAGGCAGCCUAUGUUGACUCCUUCUGUUGGGCGGCGGUGCAGGAGCAGCAACUCAGCGUUGAUGGCAUCGAGGGUGCCCCCCUGUGGCUGCACAAGUUCUUCCCUUACAUCCUUCUGUUGGUGGCAAUCCUCAUGUACAUCCCUGCUCUGUUCUGGCGCUUCACUGCCGCCCCACACCUCUCCUCUGACCUCAACUUCAUCAUGGAGGAGCUGGACCGCUCCUAUAACCGAGCCAUCAGACUGGCCAAGAGCCUGGCCUCAUCUAUAGACACCAAAGAUGUCUCUGACGACCCCCCCAGUUCCCUGGACCUGACCGAAGGCUGCUUUAAAUACCCUCUGGUGGAGCAGUAUCUAAAGACCAAGCGUUUCUCCCGCUGGCUGGUGGUGAAGUACCUGGCGUGUCGGCUGUUAACCCUGCUCACCCUGCUGCUAGCCUGCCUCUACCUGGGCUACUACAUUCGCCUAGCCUCCAUCACCGAUGAGUUUGCCUGUGACGUGCGGACAGGGGUGCUGAGGAACAACAGUGCGGUGCCGGUGCAGUGUAAGCUGGUGGCGGUGGGGGUGUUCAGGCUGCUAAGCUACAUCAACCUGGGGGUGUACAUCCUGCUGGCUCCCCUGCUGGUGUACGCUGCCCUGGGCCCGGCCAGACAGAGCUCCCGCUUCCUCCGGCCCUACGAGAUGCUGCCGGCCUUCGGGGCUCUGGACCUGGACACACCCUUCUACAACGACCUCAGCGUGUACCUGCUCUUCCUGGAGGAGAACCUCAGUGAGCUGAAGUCCUAUAAGUGUCUGCAGGUGCUGGAGCUGCUGAGGGAAGGAGGCGGUGAGGCCUUUGACACUAUGUGUCUGCUGCAGACUCUGGGCCAGGUGAAGACAGAUGUGGUGGAUGGGAAAAGAUCCACUUCACACAAGGACAGCAAAGACUGCACCAAGCCUGGAGAGGAGGACACAAGCUCUUCUGAGCUGAGAGAUGUUUCUACAUUGUGGCUGGACGACGGGCUGAAGAAAGACAACAAGGACAAGACCUGCUGUGGUGGGAAAGAUGUACGUCAGAGAGUGAUCUGAAGUGUGAACUAGGGCCUUUAUCUUUUCAGUCAUUUAGCAGACGUUCUUCUCCAGAGUGACUUACAGAAGCAAUUAGAGUUAAGUGCCUUGCUCAAGGGCAUGUCAACAGAUAUUUCACAUAGUCGGCUUGGAGAUUGUAACCAGCGACCUUUCGGAUACUGGCCCUAACCACUAGGCUACAUGCUGAUCAAUAGCUUGUUUAUUUUUAUUUUUUUUAAGUGCUGUGUUGCUAUGUUACCGUACCUACCUUAGUACAAUAAAAUUGUACCUUUUGUUCUUAUCAGGAUCGAUCAAGCCCCUACUAAUUUAUUCUCUGGAAUUUAAACAAAAGUUGUUUAUAGAACUGUGGUCCACAGUUUCCCCAUAGAGAGGCUCUCUUUCUGUGUUUACUGUCAGAGAUACAAGGUGUUUGUCAGACUGCGUCAUUAUUUAAUAAAAAGGCUGUGAUUAGUUAUCUAAUAUUGCUAGCGACAUAAACGAAGCCUUGGCCUCGUUUUAACCAGCGUACUUCAGCCUCGGUACCUAAGUGGUCACGUAUUGAUAUUGAACCGUUUAUUUUAUAAGGAAUAGCAGAUUAUUUUAUUCUUCGGGGAUCUGAGUAACUCAUUACGUCUCAUGGCUAGAUUCAAUCAGUUCUGCGCUAACCCGCUUAACCGACAACUGCAUAGAACUUUCAUAGUUUUUAGGCGAUGUCGGAGGUGUUGACGGCAUUGGAGAUGUCAAAUCAGCAAGCGUCUCCCAGCAUUCUACCUGUCGGGGACAUUGCCAUUGGAUGCAAUGAGUUGUAUUAAUAAUAAUCCCAUGCAGGCUUGUUACAAAUCCGAACACCAGAAUGUGUGUUAUAAUCUACACCUUGAUUAGGCUGAUAUACACUAAGUGUACUAAACAUUAGGAGAACCUGCUCUUUCCAUGACAAUAAUUUACCAGGUAAUUCCUGGUGAAAGCUUAUGAUCCCUUAUUGAUGUCGCCUGUUAAAUCUACUUCAAUCAGUGUAGAUGAAGGGGAGGAGACGGGUUAAAGAAGGACUUUAAAGCCUUGAGACUUGGAUUAUGUAUCUGUACCAUUGAGGGUGAAUGGGCAAGACAAAAGAUUUAAGAUUUUUGAAUGGGGUAUGGUAGGUGCCAGGCGCACCAGUUUGUGUGUCAAGAGCUGCAACGCUGCUGAGUUUUUCACGCUCAACAAGAACAGUUCACCACCCAAAGGACAUCCAGCCAACUUGAAACACCUGUGGGAAGCAUUGGAAUCAGCAUGGGCCAGCAUCCCUGUUGGACACUUUCAAUACCUUGUGUGUGUUCAAGCCCCAAUGAAUUCAGGCUGUUCUGAGGGCAAAGGGGGUGCAACUCAAUAUUAGGAAGGUGUUCCUAAUGUUUUGUACACUGUGUAAAUCCUUAUUUAGUUUAAUGAUUUUCAAUUUGAGUGUCAUUAAUUCUAUAUAGCCUACACUUUCUCCUUCUGAACUUCUAAUAUAAGUGGGACUAGUGUGGCUUGGUGACAAUGACUACACAAGCAGCCGCUCUGAUUUGACAGCUCUAAUGCAGUUCCACAUCCGACACCGCAAAAAGACUAGCUAUGUGGGUGUCAGCUAUCGCCAGUUAACACGUGAUCUGAUUGAAUCUAGGACUAAGUAUCUAAGGCUGCAUUUAGACAGACAGCCCAAUUUGGAUCUUUUUUUCCCACUAAUUGGUCUUUU